AUGGAGAGCGAUCAGGAAGGGAUGGAAAACCGGCCGCCGCAGGGGCAGGAGGACCUGGUGCGGCUGCUGCCCGACGACGUGCUGGCCGCCGUCCUCAGCCGCCUCGCGCCCCGCGACCUCGCCGCGUCGCGCUGCGCCCGCAAGGCGUGGCGCGCCGUCGUCGACGACCGGCGCCUGCUCCUCCCGCGCAAGGUCGUCGGCAUCUUCAUCGACUUCAACUGCCUCAGCUCCUGUGAGUUCUUCGCCCGCCCCACGGCGGGCAGCGCCAUCUCCGGCGAGCUCGACUUCCUGCCCCCCGACGCGAGGUCCAGCAUCCAGGACCACUGCAACGGCCUCCUCCUAGGCUACAACGGUGUCCUCAAUCCUGCCACCGGAGGUGGGCGCGUGUGCCGCCGUGCCCGCCUCCCCUCAUGAAGCGCGCGCGGGUACUUCCACCGCGACGAUUACCUCGUGUUCGAUCCCACCGUAUCACCGCACUACGAGGUGGUAGUGAUCCCAAGAACUGUAUACAAGAACUGCAGUCCGGGUGACCCAUCUAUGUCUCGGCGUGCUAAAUAUGAGCUAGAUCCUUCGAUCGAGGAAUCAGAAUGGCCACCGUCCCGAUACGUCCUACAUGUCCUCUCAUCUAAGACAGGGAGAUGGGAGGAGAGGCCUUUCGUCCGCAAUGGGCGUGCGAUGGGGAUUGUCAGGGACAUGCGGAAGGCUUUUCUUUUCAAUGUGAAGCACUAUGCAGCUUACUGGCAGGGAGAACUUUAUGUGCACUGCGAAGCAAAUUUUGUUAUGCGGGUAUCUUUGUCAGACAAUGAGUACCAAAUAAUUAAACCACCAGUUGGCGGUUGAAGCGUCCACCAGACCUGAGGCACUUCACCUGGGAAAAUCAGAGAAGGGAGUGCAUUGUGCGCUGGUUGAUGAGUCCAACCAGACGUGGCAAAUUCGGGUAUGGACCCUUAAGAAGCUGUGCGACCAAAUGGAGUGGGUGUUGAUGCACCAAGCCAACCUCGGGCCUCUUCUGGCACGUCAAGACUACGACUAUCAAAUUGAUGGACCUCGGAUCUUAAGUGACAUCUAUUAUCGUCGACGUUGCGGUAAAGGGGGAGAAACUGUAGUGCAAGAUAGGGUUGCCGAGGACUACUACGACGAAUUCAUUGACUUCCUUGGUUUCCAUCCCUAUAAGGAAGUUGUGUUUUUGAGCGAGUCAAGCACAACAGGAGUGGCUUAUCAUCUGAAUAGCUCCAAGGUUCAAGAGCUGGGUUUUUUUAUAUCCUACAAAUUACAAAGACGUUGCUUCCCGAGAUCGACUCAUAAGACAGUCCUUCCCGUACACACCAUGCUGGAUGGGAGAGUGUCCCCCCAAGUGAAUGAUUUAUCUUGUUUUGAAGGUUGUCAGCUGAUGGUGGAAAGUGAUUCAAUUCUGGAACAUAAGGCCUGUUGAUUAUAUUUGAGAGCCAUGAACUUUUACUUUAUAAAGGGUGUUAUUUUUCUAUCAGGAGAUGUUAUGAGUGGCCAUCUUUUUUUAUAUAUAUUUCUGUUCUUGCUGCUGUCAAUUGUCAUGA